AUGUUGCCUCCAUUUAAAUUAAAUUUUCGUCAUUUACUUUUAGUCAAAGGCCACGGCUCAAAACAAUUUUUACAAGGAUUAAUAACAAAAGAUAUUGAGUUUAGUUUUUGUAUUUUUAAAAAUUUAUUUAUUUUCUUUUUUAGAUUAUUAAAUGAAGAAAAUAAAUUAAUAUAUACAUUUUUGUUAAAUGUUAAAGGAAGAAUUUUUGUUGAUAUGUUUAUUUGGAGAUUAACAAAUAUUUUAGAAAAUAAUGAUGUUGAAAGUUAUGGAAUUGAAAUUGAUCCAAAAAGAUUGGAAGUUUUACAGAAAGCUUUAAAUAUUUAUAAAUUAAGAAGGCCAAUAAUUAUUGAAAAUUUAAAUAAUUUAAAUGUUUGUUUUUAUUCUACAAAUAAUUUAUUCCAACAACAAACUUCUUCAAAAACUUUAAUUAAUUGGACUUCAGAUCCUCGAAUACCCAAUUUUGGAUAUCGUUCUUUAAUUGAAAAUGAAGAGGGAAAUUGUUUAGAAUUUAAUCAAAAUUUGGAAAAAGAAUAUAUUUCCCGUCGAUAUAAAUGGGGAAUUGGGGAAGGAAUGGAAAUAAUUGAUCAAAUACCGUUGGCUAUGAAUGGAGAUUUGUUAAAUGGAAUUAGUUUUGAUAAAGAAUUAAUUUCCCGUACUUACCAUAGCGGAAUUGUUAGAAGACGUUUAAUGCCUUUUAAAUGGUUAUUUAAUGAUUCAAAUAAAAUGCCAGAGGAUUUAACUUUGAAAGACGAGAAAGGUCAACGGCAAGGAAAGUUAAUUACCUCAAAUGGGAAAUUUGGACUUUGUUUAGUUUCUGUUGGGUUAAUACCUGAAAAUAUUUUUAUUCGGCUUUUUGAUUCAAAUGGUCGGGCAUUGGAAGUAUGGAGGCCUAAUUGGUGGCCAAAAACAUAA